AUGCGCCCCGACAGGCGCCCGGAGGAGAGCCCUGACCCAGCCGCUGGGAGCACCGAGCGGAAGGCGGCGGUGAGAGUGGGGCCGCAGGGCCGGCUCCAAGCCGGGCGAUCGGAGGCCACAGAUGCUUUCAAAGACAUUUCCAUAUACUUCUCCAAGGAAGAAUGGACAGAGAUGGGAGAGUGGGAAAAAAUCCGAUACAGGAAUGUGAAAAGGAACUAUGAAGCGCUGACCACUAUAGGUCUCAGAGCCCCUCGGCCAGCUUUCAUGUGUCACCGCAGGCAAGCCAUCAAACCCCAGGUGGAUGACACCGAGGAUUCUGACGAAGAAUGGACACCAAGGCAGCAAGUUAAACCUUGUCGCGUGGCCUUCAGAGUGGAGCACAAUAAACACCAGAAGGUGAUGUCCAGGGUGCCAUUAAGUAACAAAUCUAGUUUGAAGGAACUGUUGACAACAGCGGAGGUGCCAGAGACAAGUGGCUCAGAGCAGGCCCAGGAACCUGUGUCCCCUCCUGGAGAAGCAAGUACCUCUAGACGGCGCUCUGGACAAGAACUGGCCCGCAGAAGGAAGGACACGGAAGCCCGGAUGUACAGCCUGCGAGAAAGAAAGGGCCACGCCUACCAGGAAGUCGGGGAGCCCCAGGACGACGACUACCUCUAUUGUGAGAAGUGUCAGAACUUCUUCAUUGACAGCUGUGCCGCUCACGGGCCCCCGACCUUUGUCAAGGACAGUGCAGUGGACAAGGGGCAUCCCAACCGCUCAGCCCUCACUCUGCCCCCUGGGUUAAGAAUCAGACCGUCAGGCAUCCCUGAGGCUGGCCUUGGAGUGUGGAACGAGGCCCACGAUCUGCCGCUGGGCCUGCACUUUGGCCCCUACGAGGGCCAAGUCACAGAGGAUGAAGAGGCGGCCAACAGUGGAUACUCCUGGCUGAUCACCAAAGGGAGAAACUGCUACGAGUAUGUGGACGGAAAGGACAAAUCCUGGGCCAACUGGAUGCGGUAUGUGAACUGCGCGCGGGACGACGAGGAGCAGAACCUGGUGGCCUUUCAGUAUCACAGGCAGAUCUUCUACCGAACCUGCCGGGUGGUCAGGCCGGGCUGUGAACUGCUCGUCUGGUACGGGGACGAGUACGGCCAGGAGCUGGGCAUCAAGUGGGGCAGCAAGUGGAAGAAAGAGCUCACAGCAGGGAUCACGGCAGGGCCAGCAGAACCAAAGCCAAAGAUCCAUCCAUGUCCCUCCUGCUCUCUGGCCUUCUCCAGCCAGAGAUUCCUCAGCCAACAUGUGGAACGCAGCCACCCCUCUCAGAGCCUCCCAAGAGCAUCUGCAAGAAGAGGCCUCCAACCAGAGGGUCCCUGCCCAGACAAUCAACAGCAGCAGCAGCCAUAUCCUGAUCCACACAGCUGGGAUGGCACAUCUGAAAGUCAGGACGUCAAGGAAGGGUCCAAACCUUUCCUGGAAAGGAGAAGGCUGAGGAAGACUUCAAGGGCCUCUUCCUACGCACCCGAAGGGCAAAUGAGGAGUUCUAGGGUACGUGAGAGAAUGACGGAGGAAGAGCCCAGCGCAGGCCAGAAAGUGAACCCAGAGGACACAGGCACACUAUUCACGGUGGCAGGAGAGUCAGGAAUUCUAAGGGUCGAGAACAGAGGGUAUGGGCCAGACUCGGGUCUCACCAGACACCCGAGGACACACACAGGGGAGAAGCCCCAUGUCUGCAGCGAGUGUGGGCGAGGCUUCAGUGUGAAGUCACAUCUCAUCAGACACCAGAGGACACACACGGGGGAGAAGCCCUAUGUCUGCAGGGAGUGUGGGCGAGGCUUCAGUGUGAAGUCACAUCUCAUCAGACACCAGAGGACACACACGGGGGAGAAGCCCUAUGUCUGCAGGGAGUGUGGGCGAGGUUUCAGUGUGAAGUCAAGUCUCAUCACACACCAGAGGACACACACGGGGGAGAAGCCCUAUGUCUGCAGGGAGUGUGGGCGAGGCUUCAGUGUGAAGUCACAUCUCAUCAGACACCAGAGGACACACACGGGGGAGAAGCCCUAUGUCUGCAGGGAGUGUGGGCGAGGCUUCAGUGAGAAGUCAAGUCUCGUCACACACCAGAGGACACACACAGGGGAGAAGCCCUUUGUCUGCAGGGAGUGUGGGCGAGGCUUCAGUGUGAAGUCAAGUCUCGUCACACACCAGAGGACACACACGGGGGAGAAGCCCUAUGUCUGCAGGGAGUGUGGGCGAGGCUUCAGUGUGAAGUCAAAUUUCAUCACACACCAGAGGACACACACGGGGGAGAAGCCCUAUGUCUGCAGGGAGUGUGGGCGAGGCUUCAGUGAGAAGUCAAGUCUCGUCACACACCAGAGGACACACACAGGGGAGAAGCCCUAUGUCUGCAGGGAAGGUGAGUGAGUCAUUACCAACAAACCACAUCUUAACCACAGAAGGAUUAAUGUUGCCACCAGAUAGUCUAUACCUCAGCUCUGCGAAGGCUUCAAAGGAAGUCUGUGACCCCUUACAGUCCUCACAAGUGUCCUGAGUGCAGAAAUAACUGGUUAAAUAGAUCCUCCACUUUCAUGACAAGAGUUGAGGCAGACAAACAGGGGAGGGUUUCUUAAGUGUCCUGGAGAUGUUCAUACCAGUUCUCUUGCUGGCUUUCGGCUUCCUGUUCCAAUAAAUUUUGUCUCCAUAAACAUCUGAAGCCCAGACUAUGUACCUCAUUGCCCCAUUAUCACUGAAAGAAGUGGGGUCCAGGAGGCCACAGAGAACUCAUAUUUUCAGCCCAGUCUCCAAAAGAACUGAAUCCCUGGAAAGGCCUAAGUCUGGAGUCAAGCCACUUAAGCUUAUCGAUCAAUUCCUGGGUCCAGGGAGAGAAGUCGAGGAUUUGGGACAGACUCACCAAGGCAGGGAGUUCCCUGGUGCCUUGGGAAGUGUGGCCUUUUCUCCUAAGAGAUGCCACCCUCCCUUGGCCUCUCAUGGCUCCCCUCUGGUUUCCUUGACUUCCGUAGGCUCAGAGGGGAAAGCCGCGUGCACACGUGAGUGCACGCGCACACCCCGGCUCAGUCCGGGGCAUCCACCUCCCUCCCUCUCUCUGCUGGGCGCUCAGGCAUGGGGACUCCAGAUCCGAACACAGUGGUGGAUUCUCAGCUCUGCCCUCACCCGCUGGUGGCCUAAGGCAAGAUGCUCAACCUCUCUGUGCCUCCUUUCUCAUCUGGAAAAUGGGGUGGGAGGGCCCAAUGGAUGAGCACAGGCAGAGGCCGGUGCAGAGGCUGAGAAUGCAGGCCCCGCACGCUGCUAUUCUGUCCCUGCAUGACCUGCAAGGCCCACGUCUUCCAGGUCCUUAGAGCCGGAGCACAGGGCCUGGGAAGCGCUCCGACGCCAGGCAGACCCUCAGCUGCCCAGGAAGGAGGCAGAAGGCAGGCCUGCCUAGUGAGCCGUGACCUCCCUCCCCAGGCCGCCUCCCCGGGGCCGGCAGGACUGGCAGGCGCCUGUGAGACGAGACCCUCAGCCUCGCCCUGGCUGAGAACAGAGUCUGGAGACGCAUCUCUGAGCCUCUCCUGCCCCACCUGCGCUGAGUGUCCACACUGCAGCUGCCGCAACACACGCCUCGUACUCACUUGGGGCAAAAUUGUUGCUGCCUGACCCUUUCAUCUCCAGAUUUAGGUUUCCAAGUGCGGUCUGGUGGGACAAGGGGCCGCUGGGCAGAGCAGGGCCGCACGGGGGGGGG